AGCGCUGACAGCCAUAUUUGAUUCGAUUAUGCUGUUGUGGCUGCGACAACUAGUUUAACCAGUUCUCAACAAAAACGGUGUUUUUUUUUUUCUCCAGUACGAGGCGGAUUUAAGCUUCACCCGCAACCAACUCCAGCUGCAUUCACAGUAACGACAGUUUAUAACCUGUAGUCAACGAUGAAUCCCGAAUAUGACUAUUUAUUCAAACUGCUCCUGAUCGGGGAUUCUGGUGUCGGAAAGUCUUGUCUCCUUCUCCGGUUUGCAGAUGACACGUACACAGAGAGCUAUAUUAGUACCAUUGGUGUGGACUUCAAGAUCAGGACCAUCGAGCUGGAUGGAAAGACCAUAAAGCUUCAGAUUUGGGACACGGCUGGUCAGGAACGGUUCCGCACCAUCACUUCCAGUUACUACAGAGGAGCUCACGGCAUUAUAGUAGUUUACGAUGUGACAGAUCAGGAGUCCUUCAAUAAUGUCAAACAGUGGCUACAGGAGAUCGACCGCUACGCCAGCGAGAACGUCAACAAGCUGCUAGUAGGCAACAAGUGCGAUCUCACAACGAAGAAAGUUGUGGAUUACACCACAGCUAAGGAAUUUGCAGACAACUUGGGGAUCCCCUUCCUGGAGACCAGCGCCAAGAGCGCCACCAACGUGGAGCAAGCCUUCAUGACCAUGGCGGCCGAGAUCAAGAAGAGGAUGGGCCCCGGGGCCACGGCCGGUGCCUCGGAGAAGUCCAACGUCAAGAUCCAGAGCAAGCCAGUCAACACCUCGUCCGGAGGCUGCUGCUGAGACCCGAAAACCGCCACGACCUGAAUCCACCCCUGAGCCCACGACCAGUCUCAAUGUUACCAUGCUCCACAGGGAAAAACAACUAGAGGGAGGGAGAGAGGGAGGGAGAGA